UUAAUUAAACAGACAGAGCAGAAUCCGACUGAAUACGUUUCAAAAGGCAGCUCGCUAUGGGAAAACCAUCCCAAAACCAUCCCAUAAAUGGGCCACUAGAUGUCCUGAGGGAUCAGGGGACAAAAACCGGCACAAAAAGGGACUGCCAAGUAGACAAACCCAAGGAUGAACAGGCUGCAUUCCCUGACUCAAUGACCAUUGGCACUGCAAGUCUUUCUAGCCGAAUCGUGAUAUUUUCAUGAGAAAUUUAGGUUAAAUUGAAGUAAUGUGAUGUGAUGUGAAAGGUUUACAAAUUCAGAGGACACAUAAAACCACAGACAUGUUCACUUUAACAAAAUGUGAUGCUGCUUUUCUCUAAUAUAUGUUAAUGUGUCCUAUUUUUUUACAAGUAAAGGCGGAGAUUCACAUUUGCUGUAGAAGUUAGCAUUAGUCACAGUGAUCUGAAACACUGUUUUGUCUGUUUGAUGUUGCUUUGCUGUGGAUAUGGUAGUUCUUUUCUUGAGGACAAUCUUUGCUGUCACAAGAUGGGAACAAUAAGUUGAGCAGUUACACUACAAAUGGACUAAACUUUGCAGAACUAGACUGAACUUGUUUAUAAGGAAAAUGGGACUCAUCAUUAAAGUAUUUAGAUUAAACAGGCAUUUAAUAUUCUAACAAGAUAGUAAUGAAAAAUCACUUACCUUGUUGACACAGAAACAAAAAGGCCUUUAAAACAGCAAACUGCCUGUGAAUGUUGGGGAAGGAAGAGAGGCCAGAGAAAUGGUGAGCAAGGAGUCUGAUCACUUGCUCACAGGCCAAAGCAACUGCAAGAGCACCUUGGCAGACAAGCUGCCUGGAACAAUGACUGUGCGCUCUGUGCUCCUCAAUCGAGACUCACCAGAUAUUGAAAGUCGCCUCAAGCGGCGUCGCAACCGCACCCAUCAGGUGCGCUUCAAAGACCUUGAGGAUGGCAGUAGCAGUAGUGGCAACAGUGCAACAGGAGAAAACAACACCCGUCAACGGCAUGCCAAAGACCGUGACAGCCCACAUCCUCUACGCAAACACAGCAGCAUGUCCCCCCAGCCAUGGACUGACAGACCACACACUGAGGGCCUACUUGGUCAAACCUCUGUGGUGGGGGCUGUGCGUGGGGAUAUGGCCAGUACUAUAGAAAAGGUGGCUGCUUUUUUAGCACGGGCCCCACCUCAUCCACUGACACCUGGUCCCACACGCAGAUGUUGGGCACCAACACAGACUAACUCUCUAACUUUACCAAUGACACGAAGACCUAGUACAAGCACCAGCACAGCCAUUCAGACUUCACCAUGCCUCAAAAAACCUCAGUCUCUCUCAUCCACCCAUGCACGUAGCCACAGCAUUGGAGACUCAGUUGGUGUGGAUGGAGACGAUGAGCAUGACUCUCAAGAUGAGUACCUUAGCCACAACCAUGUGCUGCCUGGGUCCAAAGAUCAGAGCAGACCUCUGAGCUCCGGGGAUAAAACUGUUGUAGAACGAAGAUCUAAAGUAUUAAGGACAGAAAUUAAGUCAGGUGUUAUGGUAAAAUCAUCAAGACACAGCUGUCCACCUUCAGUUCUUCACAACAGUGAUCUGUGUCACUAUUCUUCUGUAUCUUGCCGAGAUGGUUCCAAGCGUCAGGGAAGUAGCACUCCUUCAGUAGUAAGGAGGAAAAAGCGCCUAAGCCGGACAACAAGUGAUCCUGGAAAGGAAGUGAACUUCUGCACCACUCCCACACAGACAGAAAGCCCCCCUCUAUCUCCUCCACCUUCAAAUACCAAACUCUGUACCACUGAAGUUCAAACUGAGCAUCUGUCCUCACCCCCAAAUUCAAAGCAUUGCACCACCCAAAGUCAAAUUGAACCUAAACAUCAGUCUCCAAAUUUGAGUGAAGAACACUUUUCAACACAAAUUCAAACCACAAAUUAUUGUCCAACUCUACCUCAGAAUGUGGAGCAGUGCACCGUUCUAAAACAAACAAACUCUCCAUGUCCCUCUUCCCCAAAUCAUAAACAUUGCACUGCACAAUUGCCAACUUGUAGCUUCAUUGCCUCUCCACCUCUAAUUACAUCACCCAGCUUACAUUCUGACAUCCCAGUAUCUGCCCUUGCAGCCAAAAACCCUCCCACCACCGAAAUUUCUACUGUGCCUUACUGUACUUCUCCUCCAAUGCCUGCAAAUGCCCCAAUACAAACCACUGAACAAUGCUCUAAGGCAGCUUCUUCAUCUCCUACCAAACCAGCAAGUGUCGCUCCUCCUCCACCCAAUAUCCUACCUAUUCCUUCUUCCACUUCUGCACCUUGUGCAUCUCAAAGCCGUAUUCCCUAUUAUACUGUUUUGUCUCCACCAACCCCACCCAGUAAAACUGUUGUUUGCUCUAGUAAUUCCUUUACUGCCCCACAGUCCUCGUCACAUAACUGCACCUCCCCAAUGCCAAAUCCAAUAUCAACCUCUUCCCUAACCUGUUCCUCCCCUACACCAAUGGUAAAUGCCAUCUUAACAUCUUGUGAACCAACCAAACAGCCCAGUGCUGUCACAGACCCAAGACAUAAACAGCCAUCAUCAGGUCUAAUGAAUAAUGUACCUCCCACAAACCUAACACCCUGUACAAUUGUGACUCAGACUGCCUUGUCGUGCACCUCCAUAUCAUAUUACACCAGUACACAUCCAGGUGGCCCCCGUGCACCUCACGUUAAUCAAACAUCACCUUCUUACACCACUGUUAUACAAACAGUAUCGCAUUGUAACAUACCAUACAAAACAGUGCAGAAUACCCCCCCUGCAAGCACAGGGAUAACCCUUUAUCCCUCUCCAGUUCCUAGACUUGAAUCUUGCACUUCUCCACCUCCAAUUGUGAAAACCUAUGUGUCCACUCUUCAAAAUGCUCAAGCUUGUGGGACUCCAACUAAAGCUGUUCCUUUGUAUUCUUCAACAUUUCGUGCUGCACCUCCAUAUACCCCCCCCUCUCAAGCCCCUUAUAAUGCUCAGGAUAAAAGGGGCAUUCGACUCCCACCUCCUCCUCCACCACCCCCUCCCUACACACCACGGAAAAAGGGAAGUGAGCCAGCAGGUGUCACAGCCCGAACACCCAUGCUCAGGACAGAGAGCAAGGCCAGUGAAAAAGGCAUGGAGAGGGAGGAAACGAAGAAGAAUACAAAGGAUAUGAAGUGUACAGACUCAUCCAAACUCUGUGGGAGAGCCAGUUCUCUGAAGCACAGAGCUCAAACUCCGCCAGUUCCUGUGAUGAAAGGAGAGAGGCGCUCCUCUACCUCCUCCCCUGCCAAAGCCUGUUUUAAGCCCAGCUGUCUUAGCUCAGCCCAGGCUCAGCUUGGGGUGCUACACAAAAUGCUCUGCUCAGGAGCCAGCGUCAGACCCAACACACCAAACAGCCAACACUCUCUGCCUCCUAACCAGCAGGGCUGCUCAGGAGCCAGGGGCUGCUCUACCUCUGGGGAGCAGCCUGCAACUGGACCACUGAGUCCCACACAAGCUGACACAUUAAGACAGGUUCAGGAAAUUCUUGGGGGGUUAAUGUCUGGGGCCAGGUGUAAACUGGACCCUUCACGGGUGACAGAAAAGCUCCUGAGCCCCAAUGGACCCCUGCAUGAUAUUCGUAGCCUGCAGAACCAGCUUCACAGUCUGGAGGGCGUCCUGGAGACAAGCCAGAACACCAUUAAGGUCCUGCUCGAUGUCAUUCAAGACCUUGAGAAAAAGGAAGCAGAGAGAGAUGGAAGACAUUCCUACAGGACCGGUCAGGACAUUGAGAACUGUGGGACCUGCAGGGACUGCGCCUGCAUCAUCUACAGUGUGGAGCACGACUUCCGUCUGCAAGAAGGGCAGGUGGUACGAACUUGGAAGGUGGGUGACCCUCCAGAGGGCUCACCACAGACUUCCACCCCCCAGGACACAACACCUCACCAACAAGACUCUCCGCAACUAGUGCGCCCCCCUGCCACCACCAAGAAGAACCGAAAGAAGUGCUUCUGGUUCCUCUGAGCAUCAGGGGAUGGAGCAAAAGACAUUCUGUUACUGUUAUUCACCGUGCACAUUUCUAAAAAAAGGAAAAAGACAUUUGAUUCGCGGGAUGGGAUGGGGUGGGGUGGGGUGGGGAUAAAAGAAAUACUGUGAAAUUACCAGGAGGAUUGAAAUGCAAACAAAUCAAUAUAGGGAGAGACAGUGAAAAAAUUUUGUUUUUUAUCUGCUUCUGCUAGAUAUGAUGGGAAUGAUUUAACUAGACUGCACAGGUUGUUUCUGUUGUUUGUAAUGCCUCUUCAGCACUUACAAAUUUGAUCCAGGUGCAGGAUAAAAAUGCUGAAGUCAAGCAAAUGCAAAAGUUUAGUCUGCCAUAUAACUCACAGUCAGGAAGCUAUUGAGAGACAUCAAGAGAAUAUAUAUUGUCUGUGUAUGGGAAAAAGGGGCAAUCCAGCAGAUAGGAUAGAGCAUAUUCAUUAAAAGUUAAAUUAAUAGAAUUGAGGUAAGAGAGAAAGAGACAGAGAUUAAUCUUUUUUUAAUGGAUUAAUGAUGGUCAGAACACCAGCUUUUAUAUCGAGUGACAUUUAAAACAAUGUAUUAUGACUCAGUUUAAAAGUUUUGUUAUACUUUCACUGAUGAAACUAUUAUGUGUGUCUACAUGUACAUGCAGUGCACACACAAAAGAUCCAACAUAUUUACAGAGAAAGCAUAUGUGAAUUGAUAAAAAUGGUGAAUUAAGUUCUGUACAUAUCAGAGCUGCUUGGAUGAUUUAUUUCAGAUAUGGAUUAAUGCGCUAUAAAAGUAUUUUAUCACAGUU